CGCGGCCGCCCGUCCGCCCGCGCGCCCCUCCGUCCUGAGUCCGCCGCCGUCCUCCCCGCCGAGAUGUGGCACAACGUCGGGCUGACGCUGCUGGUGUUCGUGGCCACGCUGCUCAUCGUGCUGCUGCUGAUGGUGUGCGGUUGGUAUUUUGUAUGGCACUUGUUUCUGUCCAAAUUCAAGUUUCUGCGGGAGCUGGUGGGAGACACGGGAUCCCAGGAGGGAGACCACGAGCCGUCAGGGUCGGAAGCGGAAGAGGACGCCCCUGCGUCUCCGCACCGGAUCCGGUCUGCUCGCCAGCGGAGGGCACCUGCCGACCAAGGCCCCCGCCCCCACGCGGCCCUGGAGUAGCAGAGGAAGAAGGGCGGUUGCAAGCCUCUGCUUGGUGACUUGGCUUGGAAAUAUACUGAAUGGCUUCAGAACACUUGUACUUGGAUUUUAUUCAGGAGAAGAUUUCUAUGUAAGCCAUAUGAAAAUAAAGGGAAUUAAACCC